AUGCUAAAACGUUGGGAAAUCAGACGUUGGGUACCAUCAGAUGUACCGUAUGUAGAAUUAGAGGCAACUGGUUCAGGUGUUGGAAUAGUGCAGGUUAGCUGGUCCUUCAAUUUAGCAGUAUCGGGAGAGACUCCUCAAUUUUUCUUGAAUGCUUUGCUUGACAAGACAUCAACAGCUAGUUAUUUGCAGCUUAGCAUUUGCUCACACCAGCGAGAAAGAAGAAAUGAUACUAGUAAUAUGGCAGUAAUGGAGGUUGGACUGCCAUCUGGUUAUGUUGCUGACGUUGAUGCUCUUCCAAGCAUUCUGCAAAUUCCUAAAGUGAAAAGAGUUGAAACACAAUUACAGGAUACUAAUGUUGUUAUAUAUUUUGAUAGGCUGGACAAAGAAGAAUUGUGUGUUACUGUUCCAGCACAUCGCAUUUUUAAAGUUGCAAGACAACGCAGAGUUCCUGUAAAAGUUUACGAUUUUUAUAGCCAAGCAAAAAGUGCCCGGAUGUUUUAUCGUCCCCAUAGAACUUUCUUGUGUGACAUCUGUGAUGAGGAUGAUUGUGGGGAAAAGUGCUACAAGGUAGAAACACAAAGUGAAGAAUCUCCAUAUUCCACAAAUGGAGUAUCAACAAUGCUGAGCAUGUUCACUGUCUUUAUACUAGUGACAGUUUCUUGCUGUCAUGUUUUACAGGGCCUUUUCAGGUGUGGGAACUAAAAUAAGUCUGCUGCAGCAACAUCGAGGAAAUAUAAUAGAUGAUCGGAGGGCAUGUAAUAAGGAAGUGAUAUAUUAUUCUGUCAUAUGAAAAAGGAGAAGACUGAGCAGAAGAAAAUAUUCAUCAAACAUGAUUUAAAUUUCACUUCACUGUAAAUAGUCACUAAUUUUUAACAUUCAUAAAAUUAUGCUUGUUAAAUUAUAAUAAAAUCUUUUAAUUUACAAUAAAAAUAUGUCAUCCACUGAG